GCCAGGCAGGCACACUCAGGAAGGGUACUUCCUGGGAGGCAACCCACCCUGUGGGUGGGGGCAGCCAGGUGCCUGGUACCCAGGUCACUGGGCUCCCGAGGGGAUCUUUUCUCCUUCCAAGACAAGUGCUGGAUACCUUUCCUCCUGCUGGGCUCAGCUCCACUGGUCUGGGAAGCGUGGGCAGUCCUGUGCCCACCCACGCCCUGCUGGUCAAGAAAGGGAAUGUUUGGGCUGAAGCUGAAGAAGAAGAAGAAAAAUAAAGGAGAGAAGGGGUUAAUCCUAGCCAACAAGGCUGCGCAAGAUGGUCAGAGUGAAACUGAACUGCCACAGGAUGGACCUUCUCACCAGGAAGGACCAGUAGGAGAUUUGAUUCAUGACGAUGCUUCCAUCACUCCUGCCCCCUCAGCUCCUCUGAACAGAAGGUCAAAACUGCUGACUAAGAUCCAUGAUGGAGACAUCAAAUCCCAAAAUUAUCAAAUUGCCAUAAACAUCACUGAGGCCCGCCAGCUGGUGGGUGAGAACAUUGACCCUGUUGUGACCAUUGAGAUUGGGGAUGAGAAGAAGCAGAGCACGGUGAAGGAAGGAACCAACAGCCCGUUUUACAAUGAAUACUUUGUCUUCGACUUCAUUGGGCCCCAAGUGCAUCUUUUUGACAAGAUCAUCAAAAUCUCAGUCCUUCACCACAAGCUGAUUGGAAGCAUACUGAUUGGCUCUUUCAAAGUAGAUCUGGGGACUGUGUACAACCAACCUGGUCAUCAGUUCAGUGACAAGUGGGCGCUGCUCACAGACCCCAGUGACAUCAGGACUGGUACCAAGGGCUACCUGAAGUGCGACAUCAGCGUGACCGGGAAAGGCGACAUCUUAAAGACCAACCCCAAAACCUCUGAUGCUGAGGAGCAAAUAGAAAAGAACCUUUUGAUACCCCAGGGGUUUCCAUCAGAGAGACCCUGGGCCAGAUUCUAUGUAAGACUCUACAAGGCAGAAGGACUGCCCAAAAUGAAUUCCAGCAUCAUGGCAAACGUCACCAAAGCAUUUGUGGGUGACAGUAAGGACCUCGUGGAUCCCUUUGUGGAGGUCACCUUUGCUGGGCAGACGGGGCGAACCACAGUGCAAAAGAACUGUGCCAACCCCGUGUGGCACGAACAGGUGGUCUUCAAGGAAAUGUUCCCUCCCUUGUGUCGGAGGGUGAAGAUCCAGGUGUGGGACGAAGGCAGCAUGAAUGACGUGGCGCUGGCAACCCACUUCAUCGACCUGAAGAAGAUCUCCAAUGAGCAGGAUGGAGAUAAAGGCUUCCUCCCUACCUUUGGACCUGCCUGGAUCAACCUGUACGGCUCCCCCAGGAACCACAGUCUGAUGGACGACUACCAGGAACUGAAUGAAGGCUUUGGGGAAGGGGUGUCAUUCAGGGGCAGAAUCUUGGUAGAAAUUGCUGUGGAAAUCCUCUCAGGAGGGGCACAGGAGUCCAAGUUUUCCAAGGCACUGAAGGAGCUGAAGUUGUCUUCCAAGGACAAAGACUCCAAGUCUUCCAAAGGCUCCAGUAAGGACAAGGCGGACAGAGCCGAUGAUGGGAAGCCCCAGCAGCCGUCGGACAGAGCUCACUCCACCGAGGUGGAGGUGGAGCCCUUCGACGUCCCCCCGGAGAUCACGCCAGAAAAAUAUGAGGAAUUUUUACUCUUUGGGGCAUUUUUCGAAGCUACCAUGAUUGACCGGAAGAUUGGUGAUAAACCCAUCAGCUUUGAGGUUUCUAUUGGUAAUUUUGGGAACCUGAUUGACGGAGGGUUCCAUCAUGGCAGUAAGAAGAAGUCCUCUGAAUUAACUGAAGAAGACGCCGUUCCCCUGCUGCAGGAAGGAGAAGAGGAAGCAGCCCACGAUGUGGCCAUCCCCAUGUCUUCCACCACUCAUCCAGAGAAGCCUCUGGUGACCGAGGGGAACAGGAAUUACAACUAUUUGCCAUUUGAGGCCAAGAAGCCUUGUGUCUCCUUCAUCAGUUCUUGGGGAGAUCAGACCUUUAGGCUGCAGUGGUCCAACAUGCUGGAGAAAAUGGCAGAUCUCCUGGAAGAGAGUAUAGAGGAAGUGAGAGAGCUGAUCAAGAUUUCAGAGGAGGCUCCUGAAGAUAAAAUGAAGAUGGUGCUCAGUGAUUUCAUCAAUCAAAGCAGUGCCUUUAUCUCUGAAGCAGAAAAAAAGCCCAAGAUGUUGAACCAAACCACUUUAGAUAAGAAACGACUGACGCUCUGUUGGCAGGAGCUGGAGGCGAUGGCCACGGAGGCCAAGGGGAUCCUGGAGCAGCGCAAGAAGAGGUUCUCUCUUGAUGAAAUGAUCCUCGAAGCCCAAAACUUUGUGGAAAAAAUCCGCUUUCUGGUUGACGAGCCACAGCACACCAUCCCUGAUGUCUUCAUCUGGAUGCUCAGCAAUAACAAGAGAGUGGCAUAUGCCCGAGUUGCCGCCAAAGACCUGCUCUACUCCCCCGUCAGGGAGCAGAUGGGCAAGCACUGCGGGAGGAUCCAAACUCACUUCCUCAAACUUCCUGGGAAACGGCCACCUGGCUGGUCAGUGCAAGCAAAAGUCGAUGUGUACCUGUGGCUGGGCUCCAUCCAAUACUCUGGUGCCAUUUUGGACAACCUACCAGCAGGCUAUGAAGCAGAAAUGCCCCCCAAAGUGGCUGGCACCAAUCACCCUCCAUGCAACCUGCUCUACCAAGCCCAGCAUACCUUCCAGCUGAGAGCUCACAUGUACCAAGCCCGGGGCCUCAUCGCAGCUGACAGCAAUGGACUUUCAGACCCUUUUGCCAAAGUCACAUUCCUGUCCCACUGCCAGACCACAAAGAUCAUUUCCCAGACUCUCUCCCCCACCUGGAACCAGAUGCUGCUGUUCAAUGAGCUGGUGCUGCACGGAGAGGAGAGGGAGAUAAUGGCGUCCCCACCCCUCGUGGUGGUGGAGCUCUAUGACAGCGAUGCGGUGGGAAAGCCAGAGUACUUGGGUGCCACGGUGGCUGCUCCAGUUGUGAAGCUGGCUGGCCAGGACUAUGAGCCCCCCAGGCUGUGCUAUCACCCUAUCUUUUGUGGGAGCAUCUCUGGAGGGGACCUCCUUGCUGUGUUUGAACUGCUGCAGGUCCCCCCCACUGGGCUGCAAGGGCUUCCUCCCAUCGACCCACCAGACUUCUCCCAGAUCUACCCAGUUCCUGCCAACAUUCGGCCAGUGCUGAGUAAAUACCGUGUGGAGGUGCUCUUCUGGGGAGUCCGUGAAAUGAAGAAGGUGCAGCUUCUGUCCGUGGACCGGCCGCAGGUCCUCAUCGAGUGUGGGGGACGGGGAGUGAAGUCCUGCGUGAUCCAGAGCUACAAGAACAACCCCAACUUCAGCGUCCAGGCAGAUGCCUUCGAAGUGGAGCUGCCUGAGAAUGAACUUCUGCACCCGCCACUGAGCAUCUGCGUGGUGGACUGGAGAGCCUUCGGGAGGAGCACCCUUGUGGGCACCUACACCAUCAACUGCUUGAAGCAGUUUUUGUGUAAAUCCAUAGAGCCUCCUGCCCUGAUCUCACAGGUGGAUGGAGCCCAAGGUGAGCAAGCAAUUUCAGAUUCACUGGUGGUGACGGAAUCUCCGGGACUCCAUGAGUCCUCCCAGGACCCUCCAACAGAUCACAUCUAUGUGGAUGUUGAUCCGCCUCCCACGGUGGUUCCGGACUCUGCCCAGGUUCAGCCAGCUGUCUUGGUGGACAUACCUGACUCCUCCCCUAUGCUGGGGCCUGAACCCACACCGGCAGCCCAGGAGGCACCAAAAGAUGGAAACGUUAAGGAUGCCAAGAAGCCUGCCCGGAGAUCCACCAAAAGGAAAAAGAGGACCAUCGCAGAUGAAUCUGCUGAAAAUGUCAUUGACUGGUGGUCCAAGUACUAUGCUUCCCUGAAGAAAGCACAGAAGGCAAAGGAGAGCAAUCCCAAGGAGACAAAAGGCAACACAGGAGCAAAACCAGAUGAAGUAGUGGUUGAUAUAGAAGAUAGCCCAAAGAAGAAGAAAGACAAGCUGCUCAAGAAGAAACCCAAAGAUGACACAAUCCCUAACCUGGCUGUCUUGAAGAUAUACGAGGGUGAUCUCGAGAGUGAAUUCAACAAUUUUGAAGACUGGGUGAAAACCUUUGAGCUCUUCAGAGGCAAAUCUACUGAAGAUGACCAUGGUCUGGAUGGAGACAGAGUCAUAGGGAAGUUUAAGGGCUCCUUCUGCAUCUACAAAUGCCCCGAGGAUUCUGGCUCUGAGGACAAUGGGCAGCUAAGAAUCCAGCAAGGGAUCCCACUCAACCACCCUGUCCAAGUCCUGAUCAGGGUGUACAUCGUCGCGGCGUUCAAUCUUAGCCCAGCUGAUCCGGAUGGCAAAUCAGACCCCUACAUCGUGCUCAGACUUGGCAAAACAGAAAUCAAAGAGCGAGACAAAUACAUCCCCAAACAACUGAACCCGGUGUUUGGAAGGUCAUUCGAGAUCCAGGCCACAUUCCCAAAGGAGUCCCUGCUCUCCGUGCUGAUCUAUGACCAUGACAUGAUUGGGACAGAUGACCUCAUUGGCGAGACCAAGAUCGACCUGGAGAACCGCUUCUACAGCAAACACCGAGCCAUCUGUGGCUUACAGAGCCAGUAUGAAAUAGAAGGGUACAAUGCCUGGAGGGACACAUCCAAACCCACGGAGAUCCUCACCAAGCUCUGCAAAGACAACAAGCUGGAUGGACCCUACUUUCGCCCUGGGAAAAUACAGAUCGGAAGCAAGGUCUUUUCUGGAAAAACAGUCUUCACCGACGAAGACACUGAGGAGAUGGUGGAGUCCUAUGAGCACUUGGCCCUCAAGGUUCUCCACUCCUGGGAGGAUAUCCCAGAGGUGGGGUGCAGGCUGGUUCCCGAGCACAUAGAAACUCGGCCGCUCUACCACAAGGAUAAGCCAGGAAUGGAGCAGGGCCGCCUGCAGAUGUGGGUGGACAUGUUUCCCAAGGAUAUGCCUCAGCCAGGACCUCCCGUUGACAUUUCACCAAGGAAACCCAAAGGGUAUGAGUUGAGGGUGACUAUCUGGAACACUGAAGAUGUCAUUUUGGAGGAUGAAAAUAUCUUCACAGGCCAAAAAUCAAGUGAUAUUUAUGUUAAAGGGUGGAUAAAGGGUUUGGAGGAUGACAAGCAGGAGACAGACGUGCACUACAACUCCCUCACAGGAGAAGGGAACUUCAACUGGCGCUUCCUGUUUCCGUUUCAGUAUCUCCCAGCUGAGAAGCAAAUGGUCAUUACCAAGAGGGAGAAUAUCUUUUCCUUAGAGAAGAUGGAGUGUAAGACUCCAGCUGUGUUGGUGCUGCAGGUUUGGGAUUUUGAAAGGCUGUCCUCAGAUGACUUCCUGGGCUCCCUAGAAAUGAACCUCAACAGUUUCCCUCGAGCUGCCAAAUCGGCCAAAGCCUGUGAUCUCUCCAAGUUUGAAAACGCCAAGGAGGAGAACAAGAUCUCUAUAUUCCAGCAGAAGCGUGUGCGUGGCUGGUGGCCUUUUGCUAAAAGCAAAGAGCUCACGGGCAAGGUGGAAGCUGAGUUCCACCUGGUCACAGCCGAAGAAGCCGAGAAGAAUCCUGUGGGGAAAGCCCGGAAAGAGCCGGAGCCCUUGGCCAAGCCCAACCGCCCAGACACCUCCUUCUCUUGGUUCAUGAGCCCCUUCAAGUGCCUGUACCACCUCAUCUGGAAGAAUUACAAGAAGUACAUCAUCAUCGGCUUCAUCCUCAUCAUCCUCAUCAUCUUCCUGGUGCUCUUCAUCUACACCUUGCCGGGAGCCAUCAGCCGGAGGAUCGUCGUGGGCUCAGGCUCGUAGGGGGCACGCAAGACUGGAUCCCCCUUUUUGUAAAUCCUUUCCUCUUCCUCAUCUGCAAACAUCUUAAAAAGUCCUGGGUGAGGCACUGUGCUGAGCACUGAGAAGAGAGAGGCUCAAGAACUGUCCCUGUGUCUCUGAACAGAUCCACUCUUCUUGAAGGAGGGGGAAAGAGACGUCCCCUCCCUCCCCAGCCCUUGCCACCAUCUUUCAGUCUGUAGCCCUAAGUCAUGCUUUAUGACAUGGAAGAGUGACUCCUUCAUCUCUGGAUAAUCCCCAGGGACCUCCAGUUGACUGAAUGAAUGUUUACUUUAUAUCAUUAGUUGUAUUCAGAGAGAUUGAACUCUGGGUCUGAGAUUUUCUUACAAGUACCUUAUUUUAAUUGAAAUGUUGCAGCAAACAGACAGAUAUUUUAGCAAGUGAACAGGUAUUUACCCUGUCCUAUAUAUCGUAACCUUUUAAAAUCCCUCCAGUUUACAGAAUGCAGUCACCAAUUCAAGCUGGGAAACUGGCUUGCAGAAAACUCUCAUAAAUCAUCCAACAUACUUCAUUAUUGACAUUCCCAUCUAGAGACGGAGAUAUUGCUGGAUCUUUUUCAUUAAAAUGACCAUGUUCAAUAGUAAUCAUGAAUUCUGAAGAAAUCCAUUUUGAUUUAUGCUUUUUGGCAAUUUCCAAGAGGAAUUUUACAAUUUGUUGUAAGAUAUGUGAAAUAUAACUCUGUGAGAGUGUGUGUGUGUGCACGUGUGUGAGUGGGUGUCGGGGGCGCUCCACACUACCAGCAGGAAUUGUCAUUUACCAGGUACACAGAGUACACAGCCAUCAAGUACUAUGUCCCCAUAGACCAUGAUAUGAAUAUCAUAGACCAUCCCUGGCAUUGUCCAGCACUUAGCCUGACCAACAUAUAUGCAGGCUUCAUUAUGAGUCUCAAGUGCAAAUUAAUUUCAAAACCAGUCUUAGGAACAAGAUCCCAUGCAUUUGUCAAGGUCAGUUGUUGUUGAAGGUAAACUUCUGAUCUUCACAGCAGUUUAUCCAAGCUGCCCUACCUAAGGCACAGGGUUGAAGCGAGGGACUGGUUUUCUCAGAUAAAGAAGAAAGAAAAGAAUGGCAAUGUAUUGCCUCAAUACUCGAGCAGAAUUUUUAGCUUCAAAUACAAACAACAUGUCAAUCAUUGACUUCUAUUAUAAAGGGCCAUCUUGGGUGGCAUUGAAGAAACUGGUUUGGGAUUCCUCUCUUGACACCCAAAGCGCCAGGGCCACCAGUUUCUUUUUUGAUCGGCUUGCACAGAGGUGACUCUUGUAAAGGCAAGUGUGUUUACUUCUACAUAUAAAGUCAUUCUAGAAUGUUCCUGGUCCAUCAGAGAAAGACCAAAACAUGUUCUGUGUAAUUUUAGAUUCAAGCCUCAUUCACUGAACUCAUCCCUGGUAACCAUUGUGUCCUCUUUCUUGAAAUGCCGAGAAACAGAAUGUGUGCUGCCUCUGUGAUGUUUUCAUGUGAGGUAGUUACAGCCGCGUGGCUCAUUCUUACUGUGCAAUGAUGCAUGGCUGCCAAUGAUGUGGUCAAAAGUACGUGGUGGCGUGGGACACAUGCCUGGAAUUCAUUUGUAUAUAAAAUAAAAUAUGCAUCAGCAAACGGUAUGUAUAGCCACGUUGUAGAAAGAAAAAAAUAUGUGCAUACAUAGAAAAAAUGCCUGGAGGAAUAUGGCAAGAUGUUAAUAGAGACUAUCUUCAAAUAGUAUGAUCUUUCCUUUCCCUUCUUGUUUUUCCACUUCUCCUAAAACUGCCAAGAUAAACAUGUAUUGGUUUUAAUGUACAAAGUUUAAUUAAUAAAUAAAUGUAAGUUGACGUGUG